AGUUUUAUUAAACAACCGAGCGACGGCCACACUGAGGGAAAGCAACAAAGUUUUGAUGAAAGAUUAUUAUUGAAUUGCGAUGCAUUUAGCCAAAAUUGGAUUGUAGCAGCCAUACGAAAACGACAGAGAGCCAACAGAGAGAUCAGCAGGAGCCGGAGCCGCAGCCACAUGGAUACCAAGUCCAACGAUGACUCCGCUGGCAGUGACUCGCUGGACAAAUCUAUGCAAAUCAAGUGUGUGAUGGUCGAGACGACGGGGGACUCCAGUGCGGUGGACGCAAUGUCCUCACCCGCGGACCUGGACAACUGCAGCCGGGAUUCCGCUGCCGAGUCGAUGGGCAAAGGGCCGGAGGCGGAGCCUGAGUCGGGAGCCGCAAAGCAAACGGAUAAAAAGACUGAAGCAGGGACACGGGGCGAAGGCGACAGUCCGCAGAGCAGCCAAUCCCCGCCAGAACAUCCGGCCGGCAACUCGCCCACAUCCUCCUCCUCCUCUUGCACUGCCUUCGAGACGAAAGUCAAGCUAAUCUCACAAAACCUCAAGGAAACCACGCUGGCCGAAAGUUCCGGCGCCUCGGUUUCGGCAUCCACGUCCGCCUCCAGCAGCAGCAGUCUCCUGGACCCGCAGACGCCCAACAAUUCCACAACAGACACCGACUCCGCCGCGUCGUCCGUUCGCGUGAAAAAGGUUCGCUUUCAUCCGGACGUCAAGGAGAACGACGGUGGCAAUUUUGUGAAGAAGAAGCGACGCUCCGCGACGCAGACGAAGCGGGCCUCCUCGCCCAGCGGGGCCAACUGUGAUGGCGAAGGCAUGGAGCUGGAUGGCGAGGCCGGUGAGGAGGAGGAGUACGAGGAUAAUGACGAGGAGGAGGAGGAGCCGGAGGAGGAGUUCGAUUUGGCCAAGACGAUCGCCGAGGCGGAGGACUACCUCAAGCAGCACCCUUUGACUUUCGUGCAGCGCGUCGAGCAGAACGGCGAGCGGCUGCAGGACGGACUGCUCAGCAUCGAAGACAUGCUCAACGAAGUAGGCGAAGAGGUGGUCACCGAGUACAACGACGAAGACUUCUUCAGACGCAUCAAGCCGGAGAACGGCAUCGAACGCAUUCUGGGCAAGGAGACCAAGGCCGGCAAGAUUGAAUUCCUAUUGCGCUACGAGGACCAAGGCGGGCUUUUCUGGGAAUCUGAGGAGUUUGUUAGGCGCACGUGUCCUUCGCUGCUCAAGGCCUACGAAAAGAAUCGCGAACGACGCCAACAGCGUUUGAUGCACCAUGUUGCCAAACGCCAGAGCCUUCGACAGCGGUACACGGAUUUCUAGUAGCGGCUACUUAGGUUAUAGGUUCUUAAUUAGGUUCCACAUAAUUGUAACAUUUUUGUAAAAUGAAGUAAAUGAAUGAUUUUCUUUUGUUGAACAAAAAUAAUUAAUUAACAAAUCA